UAGAAAUACAUAUUAAUUAAAAAAAAAUUAAUAAAUUAAUAGCCAACAAACUGUAAUAAAAACACACAAAAUGUCUUCAUCUUCGCCACGAAAUUCAUUGGCGAAGAAAUCCUCAGCAGCGGCGACAUCGACGACAUCGACGACAUCUCCGACAUCUGCUGGGAACAAACAAGUCAGCAAAUAUCCAAAGACCAGAGAACGAAUGGUUGAUGAUGUUCCACUAGCACCCGUACAUAAACUUACAAUGGAUGAAGUCUAUGACUCAAAAACUGGUAAACCAAAUUUUGAUGCCUUGAGGCAACACUUUCAACUUGAAGGUAGAAUAGAAGAGGAGCCAGCAUUACGGAUUAUAAAUGAAGGUGCCGCAAUACUGAGGAGUGAAAAAAAUAUGAUAGAUGUCGAAGCACCAAUCACAGUGUGUGGUGAUAUACAUGGGCAAUUUUUUGAUUUAGUAAAAUUAUUUGAAGUUGGUGGACCACCUGCGACAACGCGUUAUUUAUUCUUGGGUGAUUAUGUCGAUAGAGGUUAUUUUAGCAUAGAGUGUGUUUUGUAUUUAUGGGCUUUAAAAAUCUGUUAUCCUACGACAUUAUCCUUAUUAAGAGGUAAUCACGAAUGCCGACACUUAACAGAAUAUUUCACUUUUAAAACAGAAUGUAAAAUCAAAUACUCUGAACGUGUGUAUGAUGCCUGUAUGGAAGCUUUCGAUUGUCUGCCCCUUGCUGCGCUGCUCAAUCAGCAGUUCCUUUGCAUACAUGGUGGACUAUCACCAGAAAUUUUUACACUGGACGAUAUAAAGAAGCUCGACAGAUUCAGAGAACCACCAGCUUAUGGACCAAUGUGUGAUCUACUAUGGUCGGAUCCAUUAGAGGAUUUUGGUAAUGAAAAGAAUUCCGAUUACUUUACACACAACUCAGUUAGAGGUUGUUCAUUUUUUUUUAGUUACAAUGCAUGCUGUGAGUUCCUGUCAAAAAAUAAUUUACUCUCCGUAGUCCGUGCCCAUGAAGCUCAAGAUGCUGGCUAUCGUAUGUAUCGUAAGAAUCAAGCGACUGGGUUCCCUUCGUUAAUAACAAUUUUCUCGGCGCCCAAUUAUUUAGACGUAUAUAACAAUAAGGCAGCUGUACUUAAAUAUGAGAAUAACGUUAUGAACAUACGCCAAUUUAAUUGCUCCCCCCAUCCCUAUUGGUUGCCAAAUUUUAUGGAUGUAUUUACGUGGUCAUUGCCAUUCGUUGGCGAGAAGGUCACUGAUAUGCUCGUGAAUAUAUUGAAUAUUUGCUCAGAUGAUGAACUUGUUUCGGGGCCAGACGAUGAAUUGGAAGAAGAACUGCGCAAAAAAAUUGUUCUUGUGCCAUUGAACUCAAAUAAUGCACCGCCCAAACCAGCAACUGGAGUUUCCGCACUACGUAAGGAGGUCAUAAAAAACAAGAUACGCGCUAUAGGAAAAAUGUCUCGAGUCUUUUCAGUGUUAAGGGAAGAAUCUGAGUGUGUCUUACAACUUAAAGGGCUUACACCCACAGGUGCCUUACCAGUUGGUGCCUUAUCAGGUGGCAGAGAUUCAUUGCACAGCGCACUCCAAGGUCUCGGCGCUACUCCACAAAUUUCAUCAUUUGCUGAAGCUAAAGGUUUGGAUGCUGUUAAUGAACGCAUGCCUCCAAGACGGCCACUCACUCUUAACAACAAUAACUCUAGCACAAUAAACAAUAACACCACAUCGAAGACAAGUAAUGGUGAUAAGGUUGCCACCAAGAAAAUCGUUAAGCCCGCCAGUGUAAAUAGCACCUCUGUGCGUUCAAGCUACAGCAAAAAAUACUCAUAGUUUGUAAUUCAAGUACUCGUACUUCAAAUAUUUUUAUAACUCAAGUUUUGAUAGUUUAAUUCUAUUAUUAUUGUUUUAUAUAUAAUUUAACCGCAAAGAACUUUCUGAGAUUUAUUUUUUUAAAUAAAUAAAUAAAUAUUAUUUUUUGAAAAUUGUUCUCGUAGACACCGAUAACUAUUACCGCUUCCCUAGACACGUGCCUCAGUAGUUAUUUGAGUUUUACGAAAUACACAGAAAAAAGAAAGUUGUUACUUUUUUUACUAAAAUAGGUUUUAACUAUUUUUUUUUUGCUAAAUCUGAUUUUUUUAUAAUAUUUAUUUUCAUUUAAAAUUUGUUAAAUCUUAUGUUAUAGACAAGUGUGUUGUUUAU